GGCAUUCUUAUUUACCGACCAAGAAAGUCCUCCCCCCGCCCUCCAUUAGCUAAUUAAAACAUUUCCAGGAACAUAGCCGACACGAGUUGCAUCAUUUUUCUUGAAGUCAUUCAUUGUUCCACUGACCUUUCCCUCGUUGCUGAGUCCUUUGGAGUUAUGUCAACAACUGCCUUAAUUACUUUGGUUAGAAGCGGUGGGAACCAGGUGAGAAGGAGAGUGCUGCUGCGCUCCUGCAGGCGGGUGACACCCCAGUGCCACAGCUCCACUUCAGAGCCCAGGUGUUCUCGGUUUGACGCAGACGGUAGUGGGCGUCCAGCGACCUGGGACAGUUUUGGGAUCUGGGAUAAUCGCAUCGAUGAGCCAAUUCUCUUGCCACCCAGCAUUAAGUAUGGCAAGCCAAUUCCCAAAAUCAGCUUGGAAAACGUGGGCUGCGCCUCGCAGAUUGGCAAACGGAGAGAGAAUGAGGAUCGGUUCGACUACGCUCAGCUGACAGAUGAGAUCCUGUACUUCGCGGUGUAUGAUGGACACGGCGGACCUGCAGCUGCCGAUUUCUGUCACACCCACAUGGAGAAAUGUAUUAUGGAUUUGCUUCCUAAGGAGAAGAACUUGGAAACUGUGUUGACCUUGGCUUUUCUAGAAAUAGAUAAAGCCUUUGCAAGUCACGCCCACCUGUCUGCGGAUGCUCUUUUUCUGCUUUCCCCUGUGUUGCAGACGCUUAGCAAACCAGAAUCAACAGUUAGUUUUGAAAAUUUUCCCAUACAUACUGAGAUUUUGGAACUAAAAGAUGAAAAGGAAAGGAUCAAGAAAUGUGGUGGUUUUGUAGCUUGGAAUAGUUUGGGACAGCCUCAUGUAAAUGGCAGACUUGCAAUGACAAGGAGUAUUGGAGAUCUGGAUCUUAAAGCCAGUGGCGUGAUAGCAGAACCUGAGACAAAGAGGAUUAAGCUACAGCAUGCUGAUGACAGCUUCCUGGUCCUCACUACGGAUGGAAUUAACUUCAUGGUGAACAGUCAAGAGAUUUGUGACUUUGUGAAUCAGUGCCAUGAUCCCAAUGAAGCAGCUCAUGUGGUGACUGAACAGGCAAUACAGUAUGGUACUGAAGAUAACAGUACUGCAGUAGUAGUGCCUUUUGGUGCCUGGGGAAAAUAUAAGAACUCCAGAAUCAACUUCUCAUUCAGCAGAAGCUUUGCCUCCAGUGGACGAUGGGCCUGAUUGCGAGCUGGGACGUGGAGUUUCUGUGCAACAGUUUUUCACUGAGCAUGUCAAGAAACUAUUAGGAUCAAAAAAGUUGCCUGUACCAGUGUGACCCUGUGACUCACUAGAUCAGUACCCAAGUCAGUGUAAACUUCAUAACCAUUUAUACUGUAGUGUUUUCACAAGUACUCAUCAUACUUUUGCUUAACUAUACAUGCUCGAUAUAAAUGUACGUGUAAUUAGCUAUUGUGAAUCUCUAAGUUCAAUGAGCAAAUAAGAAGUGGUUUUGUUACACUUGAUGACUUGAUGAGAGUGUUAAAUUCCUAAUUUUUAAAAAUCUUAGGCAGCUGUGGGUUUCUUAUGAUCAUUUUUGUUCUUUAUUCAUUUGAACAGGUUCUUCAAGUUCUUCAAAACUAGUCAGUUUGAAUUUCGACAGCUAUUGAAUGUGUUAUCUGCAAGUGUUUAUUUUUAGUAACUAUACCGAGGAGUAAGUGUGAAAACUGAGUUCUCUGUUGCCAUAUUUUGUAUUCUGGACCACUUACUGGUAAAUGUAACCAUGCAAAAGAAAUUAAUCCAGAUAAUAUGACAUUGCUAAAUUAUAUACAUAUUUAUAAGUAACACACUUGUGUAUUUCGACUGUCACAGCUCCCCCUCCCAUUCAUUCCUAUUUUUCUGUAAUUAAGAAUGUUAUGUAGAGGUGACUAUUCAUUAAUAUCAGAGAAGAAAGCACAGGCCAAGAGUCUUUUGGUCAAAAGAAUACAAAGUUAAAUACUGACAGUAUCAAGUAUUUUGUAUAAAAUUUUCAUUUGUUAUCUCUAACUCUAUGUUUUGUGUUUUGUAUAUAGUAUGUUUAUAUCACUUUUUGUGUAGAGUAAGCAAGUUGGAUAAUUUGUUAGUAAAAAUAAUGCCACAUUGACUGACAAUGCUAUAGACAUAGCCUAAGGUUUAUGUCUCGUUUUCGCUCAUUUCUAAAACCUAUGAAAAAGAGUAAAUCUAAAACAAACAUGAGAACAUUUUGUAGGUCAGCUUGCUAUGUAAUCUACGAGUGUAAAGCUAUACUUCUUACCUGCAUGUAAUUUUGUUGUUAAAAUGUGAAUCUCUAAAUGUGUGUUUGGAAUUACAUCUGCAGUUUAUUUAUGCAAACUAUGUAAAUUUGUUACAUGAGUGGAUGUGUGUACAUAUGUAUAUUUUGGAGUAAUAUAAAAUUAAAGGGAGCAGUUCUGCAUA